UUCGCCAAUUUCAUUAAUGUUAAACUGCAUAAGUGCAAGUAUGUACAGACCCUAAAGAGCCUAAAGUGAUUUAAAAAUAAAUCGCCAUUUUUAAAACCACGUAAACACGUUAAUGAUGAACAAGGAACAAUCAAAAAAGCUUCAUCUGCCUUUUCCAACAGGUCCACACGUAACAGGAUGUAUGGAAUUGAUGACAGAAUAUUCCCAAGAAGGGUGUUUUGCUAGGGUAUUUUACCCGACUAAUAUUCCAUCUGAUCAAUUGAACAAAUACUCGGAUAAAUGGAUUCCGUGGAUUCCAAAUAAAAUGUAUUUGAAAGAAUUUGCCAAUGCUCUUCAUGUACCUUAUUUUAUAUUCAAAUAUUUUCCACCACUCUUGGGCCAAGCACCCUAUUACAUACCAACCAUUUGUGAUGCACCGAUAUCGGACAAAGAACAAUCGUAUCCCCUUGUCAUAUUUUCACAUGGUUACGCAGCGACAAGAUUCGUUUGCUCAGAUUAUUGUAACACUUUAGCAUCAUACGGAUUUAUAGUAGCUGCCAUUGAACACAGAGACAAAUCAUCGCCUGUUACGUUUUACUAUGAUUCACCGGAAAGCGCAGAGCAGGAUAACCCCACAAGGAUCAUUCAUCGUCAUUUUCAUAAAACAAAGAACUCUGAUAUCUUUACACUGACAAAUAGCCAAAUGAAAAUUCGGCAUAGAGAAUGCACCAAGCUUCUGAAUACGUUUUUAGACAUCAAUGCAGGCGUUUCUGUGAGGAACGUACUCAAGUCAUCGUUUGAUCUGAAUCAAUUCAAUAAUAAGAUCGAUGUCAACAAAAUAAUAUCAUCUGGAUUUUCAUUUGGUGGAACAACCGCAAUAUACAAUGCAAGUCAAGACAGUCGUUAUAAAGUUGCUAUAAUUCUUGAUGGUUGGAUGUUUCCAUUAAAAUCAGAACCUAUAAACAUUCUACAACCAAUAUUAUUCGUCAACACUCACACAUUCCAUAUAUCACCCAAUAUAAAUUUAAUUCAGCAGUAUUUGCACUCUAAAGGUGUUCGGAAACUAUAUACAUUGAAAAAAACUACACAUGAAAGUUCUACGGAUACAGCUUACAUGCAUGGUCACUGGUUAGACUUGCAAAUGCUGAAGAAGUUGGAUGCUAAAACAGCAUUAAAUCUACAGAGUAGUCUAGUAGUACAAUUUUUACACAACACAAUCGGUUGUCCAACAAAUUCUGACAAUGCUCAAAUAUUUAUUAAAGAACAUUCUGACAACUUAAUAGAAGACGUAAUUCAUUAUACAAAAAGAGUUAAAAGAAAACUUACUGUUUAUCCUUGGUAAAAUUAACCUUGGUAAACAUUAUAAAUUUAUAGAAGAUACUUUUAGUAUUUGAGUUAAUAUUGUAAAUAUCAGUUACUAGUUUUAUAUACCUCAUAAAUUUAUAUUUAAUUCUUAAUAAUGUGUAUAAUACAACCUUUCAAUGUACACAAUAUGGUGUUUAAUGGUUUUUUUGAGUCUACUAAUACUAAAUGUUUUUUAUUAUUAUUA